GCGGCCGCGGGGAGAAGCCGCGCGGAGCGUCCCUGGAAAGGCGAGCGGCUGCCGGUUCGUCUGAAGCGGAGCGUCCGCGGGGCUUUCUCGAAGUCCGGAUCGGGUUCCCUUCCCAAGGCAGGCUCGGAAGUCUUUGAACUCUGCUGGCAGAGCGAAAGAAUAAGUCAUGUUUCAUGCACAUCUGGAACGGAGCAACGCCAAACCUCUUCCGGUGGUCAUUAUAGGAAAUGGUCCCUCGGGAAUCUGUUUGUCCUAUCUCUUGUCUGGCAACGUUCCCUAUGUCAGAAGGAACUCCGUUCAUCCUAAUCCGAUCUUGCAAAGGAAAUUAGAAGAGACCCCUGAGGUUCCCAUCGUAGAUCAGGAUCUGGAGUAUCUCUCUGAAGGAUUAGAGGGUCGAUCUUCCAGUCCAGUGGCUCUCCUUUUCGACGCCCUUCUGCGUCCGGAUACGGACUUUGGUGGGACAGCCAAUUCAGUCCUCACUUGGUGGCAUGAACCUGACCGAGCGAUCCCUCAUCUGGUUCUUGGCAAAACCCUCCCUGGAGGAGCUUGGCAUUCUAUUGAAGGAUCCAUGUUCACCCUGAGCCAAGGAGAUUGGAUGGGGCUCCCUGAUGUUCCAUUCAAGGAAUGGUUGAGCAAGAAAAAAAGAGGCUUCAGAAACAACAGGGCAACUGCUGGCGACAUAGUCCAAUACUAUCAAUAUUACGUGGCCAAGAAAGGGCUGAAGAAGAACUUCGUCUCUGGAACUCUGGUGACAUCGGUGAAGAAACUGAACGUGGAUUCACAAGAGAGUUACGGCGGUCAAGGUUCCAAGGACAGCAGCUCCAUGUGGGAAGAAAACAGGGACAGUGUCUUUCAAGUCGAUGGGUUUGUCACCAACAUCACUGGCACCCAUCCCUUCUCCGUUUACGCCGAAAAUGUGGUCUUGGCCACGGGGACCUAUGAUAGCCCAACCCAGCUUGGGAUCCAAGGCGAGCAUCUCCCUUUCAUCCAUCACACGCUGUCGGCUCUUGAAGAAGCCGUCAAGAACAAGGAGGUCGGGAUCAUGUCGGACCCAAUCUUGAUCGUAGGAGCUGGCUUAACGGCCGCCGACGCAAUCCUCUUUGCCCACCAUUGUAACAUUCCUGUGAUCCACGUUUUUCGCCGGCGAGUAAAUGACCCGGCCCUCAUCUUCAACCAGCUCCCCAAAACAAUGUACCCAGAGUACCACAAAGUGCACCAGAUGAUGAGGGAGCAGGCCAACCCUUACCCAGGACCGUACGAACAUUACGUCAGCCUUCCCGAGCAUCACGUCGUCUGCUUUUUGGAGGACCGGAAGUGCAUCUUCGCGGACAAGAGCGGCCGUCAAAAAAUACACCCAAUCUCCAUGGCUUUUGUCCUCAUCGGUUCCAACCCCAACCUUGCCUACUUGCCCAACAAUGGCAUGGACUUGGCCGUUGACUGCGAGCAGCCGAUCAGUUCCAAGAGGAACCCAAUAGACACAGAUCUCUUCACGUAUGAGUCCGUUCACGAGAAGGGACUCUACGCUUUAGGGCCAUUAGCUGGGGACAACUUUGUGAGGUUUGUACAAGGCGGUGCGCUGGCCAUCGCUAGCUCUCUGCUGAAGAAGAACAAAAAUCCUCCUUAAUGCCGGUGAAUGUAACCUCUCCUCUGAAGGAUGACUCUUGGCCAACUUUUUGAGAGUUGGCCAUUGGGGUGUGUAGCUGUCUUUGCAGAUAUGAAGUCUCUCUCUGAAAGUCUUCAAAUUGGGCUGGGCUAGGCCAAGUUUCCGGUCCAAGAAGAUAACAGCAGAAUCCUUGCAGAAUGUUUGACUUCUUAAUCCCUCUACCUCUGAAAGGUUCAGACGGGUUAGGAAAGCUUGACUAGAUCUCGUGGUGGAAAUCAGGUGUUGCCUCCAUUAAAUCUGAAGCAAGUUAUCUCUCCGUGGGAUAACCUGAAGAUCUCCAUCCACAUAUUCUGAAUGGCAGUGAAAGCAUUGUUUGCAUCCAAAAUAAUACUUUUUGGUCAUGUAAUGUUGGGUGGUGGCUUUCCAUUAAAUCGUGCACCACAUUUUGGGACUCUCAAAAUGAAUCAGAACAGAUUUUCAGUAGAUCCAUGAAUGUGCAGCAAAGAGUUGGAAGAUCUCUAGUUCUCCCAGUAUCAGGGUUUCAAGUAACAUCCCCAACGAAAGAAAACUCUGAGGCUUGAGUUUCCUCAAAGUUCCAUUUUAUUAGAGAUGUCAUAUCGGCACAUCUGGGAAAACACGAAUCUGAAAACCUCCAGAUUUUCCCCACCCAAAGAAAAGUCCAAGCCCCUGCCCAACACCUACAUGUCCAUCACACGGUCCAAUCAAAGCACCAUCCCAACUGGAGAUGCCUCCCAGUUCCAUUCCUCCAGGUACAGGGCAAGAUGUCCUUGACUCUCUGAGAAAGGAAUGUUAUUAUGACUAUAUAUAUAUAUAUAUCACCCUGGCUCCAUACAGUCCCCCCUCCCAGUUUCCCACAGUAGUAGUAAAUGUGGCAGGCCUGAAGAUCCAAUGAAAAAGAUGGUUUCCAGGCCUCACACCCAGGCCAUCUAGAAGUGCCUUUCCAUUAUAAAUGGUGAGUGGAAGGUAGAUCUGCAUCCAACUCAAAAGUCUGAGACAGAUUCAAACCAGCUCUCCACAUAUGCAGAAUUCUUCAGCCAUCAUGGUUCUUGCUGAGAUCUGAAAGGUGCCAAGUUUGGGGGGGGGGUUAGUUUAAGACAGGGGUGUCAAACUUGCGGCCUGCGGGACGGAUGCGUCACACGCUGGCCCUCCCCACCCCCAUUUUAGCAAAGGGGGGAAAAGUCACGAUACGUCAACUGGCGUCACGAGUUUGACACCCCUGGUCCAGGAGAAUUUAAACUUGCAUUAGCAAGCAGUCUGGGAUUAUGGUUGGACUAACCGUUGUGCGAUUGUUACAAUGAACAGUGGAAACCCAACUGACCACAGUUUCUUCCUCUUCUCGGAAGCGAAGUUCACACAUGUAACCCUGCAAACGAAUUUUGGAUGCUGCCACUCAAAAUCUCAGGAUGUUCCUUUAAUGUUUCCCUGGGCAGCGUUACUGAGAAUGUUGGAUUCUGUCUGUAAAGUUAAACGUGCUACUAAUUUGUAAGCAAAUUUUGUAAAAUAAGAGGGGGUUUUCUUUUCUAAAACAAAAAAAAAAUAGAGAACAUAUAUUUUGUAUAUGGCUAUUUUUAAAUUAAAAAAAAAACACUGA